AUGGAAGAGGUUCUCGCCAAUGAGCGAGCAGCCGAACAACAUGCUCUCACCCUUGUGAAGAACAAGGACCAGCCGAUCGCGGACACCCUGAGCGCUUUCAACGAGUACCGCCAGUGUGCCCUAGCUGCUACCUUCGCCGACUUUGCUCAUGCUGAGGAGCAUCAAGUCCGGCUGUGGCAAGCUCACACCGACGGGCGCCGCUACUUCAGAAAGCCGUUGAGUGAGCUGAGGAAGCAAGGCGCGGGUCGUGCAGUUGAGGCCAGACAGCUCGCAAAGCUGUACAAGGAGUGGAUCAAGGCUAGCACACACUUCUACCGCGAAUAUGUCCUCCAGCUCAGCACCACUUUUGGUGGAAUUCCGGAGCUUGAGGCUGUGGCGCACAAGGUGAAGUCUGACCACGCGGGCGAAAGCUCGCGUGUUCACCUCUCGCCUGAGGAGCACAAACUCGUCCUUACCGCUUGCCACCAGGUCUUGAUCUACCUCGGUGAUCUUGCUCGGUAUCGUGCUACGGAUCAGCUCGACAGCAAGCAAGAAUGGGGUCCAGCUAUUGGAUUCUACGACCUCGCGCACAUUUUACUGCCGACCUCUGGUCAUGGUCAGCACCAGCAAGCUGUUGUGGCGCUUGAACGUCGCGCUCACUUGGCUGCGCUGUACCAUCUGUAUCGCUCAGUGCUUGCUGAUGAUCCUCAUCCAGCCGCAGUCAACAAUCUCAAGCUUGAAUUCGGUAAAGUCAACGCUGCCUGGGACAAGCAGGAAUUGAUCCCAAAGCUCGCACCAAAUGAUCCCGAGGCACCCAAGCAUAACCUCACUGGUUGGUUCGUGCGUAUGCACAGCGUGUGUGCCAAAGGCGAGGUCUUUAGCUCCCAUGCUGAGCUCGAGCGGGAGGUGUUGAGCCAAUUCUCUGCCAUCAUCAGGAAGGACAGCAACAUAUUUGAAAGUACUGUCAUGCGCAUGGUCAUGAUCAACCUUGCCGCGCAGUAUCACGCAGGCCUACUCUUUCAAGGCAAGUCGGACUUAACAAGAUUCUCGAGCGAAUUAAGGCUGACACGGGCAAUAGAGAAGCAAGGCAACAGCUCUGAGAAAGAGCAACAAGCAUUCUUCUACUUCUUUCGCCUCAAUAUCAAGACUUAUACGAUUUUACUUCAAGCAUUUCACGACAACGUGCAAGCGCUUCCGAAAGGCGUUGCGGAGGACGAUGAAUUAUCUUUAAAAUUGACGCCAUGUACCCGUCGCCUGCUACCAGUCUUGCGUCUGUACAGCUCUUGGCUUAGCUGCAAUCUGCACCUUGUGGCUGGCCUCGGUGCUGAUGCUUUCCUGGGCGAUUCUAUCGACAAUCUGUGGACGACAUAUGCUCGCGCGGUUGAUGUCUUAGCCAACGAGGACAUCUUCGGUAUCUGGGCUCUGGACGAGUACGGGACAGCUUAUAUGUUUGAGGAGGAUGUUGAUACGAUUGCGUUUAGUCCUCUUCAGAAUAGUCAACAGACUGUCUGGAGGAACUGGAAGGCCGGCUCUGGUGCGCUGAAACCAAAAUUCUCAGAUGCUGGCGUUGAGCGCAUGCCACAAGACGAGGAGAUGCUGGCACGUGUGAAAGGUCUGCUCGAGGAUGGAUCGAAGCUGGCGCAUGAGGCCGAGGAGGCGCCCAUCGGAAUCGUAGGCGAUCGCAUCUAUUAUGGCCAAGCUCUCACGACUGCCAUCGCCGCUGCGGAGGAAGCCAAAAACCGACCGCCAGAGCCACCACGACCGAAGCCAGUGCAGAAGCCACUAAGCUAUGCCGCCGCUGCGAAGAGUGGUCGUAGUGUUACGAAACCGACCGCCAAUGGUGUGUCAAACGCCAAUAACCGCGCUCGUCAGGCACAAGUGACGCGCAUGGUAGACAAUCUUGUCGAUGAGGACGAAGACAACAACCCAGUAACGCCGCCUCAGCAACAUAUUGCGCACCCGGCUGUUAUCACUAAUGGCGAAGUACCCUACAGCGUUGGACCAUAUGCAGCUCACGCCGACUUCGCGAACGUGACGAGCUACCAGCCUAAGGCGAGAAGCCCAUCGAUCAUGCUGCCACCACAGCCGAAUCUCGUCCCGACUCCGCCACAACCACGCACGCCGAAAGCGUCGCUCACAGCAAAUUCCACGGAACGCAUGCAGUCCAUCUCUCGACUCUGGAACGACUCCAUGGCAUCACCCACCUCGACCUUCCCAUCUGGACUACCUACCGGUACCCUCGCCUCUCCUGCAGAUAUUCACCCACGAUAUCCACCACGCGGCCACUCUCGUGUUAACUCUGUGAAUAGUGUUCGCAGUCGUACUUCGCAGGGGAUGGCUGAUCCGUGGUCGACCCUCGAGUACGGGCAGACGAGUAACGGCGAAGGUGCCGUGCAGCCUGUUAAUGGAUAUACGAAUUUCAGCGCUUCGGGUGUUACGAGCCCCUUGUUGUUUGGUGCUGGAGGUGGGAUCUGGAGUACCGGCCAGGGCGGCAAUGGGCCUAGGAAUACGAGUCCGAAUAGUGGGCAUGGUGGCUGA